AUGGCAACUGAGAACGAUAUUGUUUCGACACCCGAAUUGAUACAUAUUGCGGAUUUAGCCCAUGCUCGAGCUCAGGAACUUCAGGCACUUUUACACGAACUCGGACAGAGACAAGAUAAACAUCGAACUGCUCUUCAAAUAUUGCCACGCUAUAUGCGUCGUCGAGCAGCAAGUUACAAUAUUAAACGUUUACCGCGUUCACUUCGUCCAUUAGCUGAUCCGAAAACCGGUACAGCCAAGACCAAGCGACCCUCUCGUCGUUAUCGUCGUCGACCUCGAGAUCUCCUUUCCUCGUAUACAAAUCGACAACGAAAAAUAAAAUGGUUGAAAACUCAUAUUUGGCAUGCAAAACGAUUUCAUAUGAAUACAUUUUGGAAUUAUCGUCUUGCGGAAAGAUCGAACUUGAAAUCUAUUCGACCAACCUAUAAAUCUCUACAUGAACGGUGUCUGAUACAUGACAUGUCAUACUAUGGAUGCAUUGAAUUGGCAGGUCAAGAGGACGAAAUCAUUGAAAAAUUGAAACCGCUAUUUCCAUUAUCGAAGACUAAUCUAACACCAAAAGCAAAAAUGUAUCUCAAUGGACAAUUUGAAGGUCAAUGUCUUGUCUAUAAACCGAAUACCCAAGAAUGUUUGACACCAAUUAGUUUCAUGUGGAUGCCGUCGUCGAACGACAAACAACAACGAAAACUGUGGCUAUGGUGUCAUCCGGCAUCAUACGAUGCAUUAACUGAAAUUCUCUCUUCACUCUUGAAUACGACAGUCGAUAAGUCAACUGAUGAACCACCGACAAAGAAGCAGAAGAAUGACGAUGAUAUAACUAUCACGCUGCUAAGAGAUCAACAAAAAUUAGCUCGCUUUCGCCUUAUUGGUCCACUUGCAAUGACUAUUCUAAAACAUGCAUUACACCCGAGUGUGUUACCUGGCAAUCCCAUCGAACGAAAUACAGCUCCAAUAGCAUGGUGGUGUACUGAUGCACAUUCAUCUGAUACACACCAGCAGCAACUGCAGUUUUGGAAUAGCAAUUCAGGAAACACAUCGACUAUGAUGCCUAAUCGAAUUGUUUCAAUGGUUGUGCGAGAUCCACGCGUAUUUACGCCGACGAAGCCCAAAUUAACAAUUCACUCAAAGACAAAUAUUAACAAAUCAGAUGUCACUCCUCCUCCAACAAUUGAUCUUGCAAGUUCACCUCUAUGGAAUGAAAAAUAUCGCACACAUUGUUGCGAGCAUAAACUAGCUACUUAUCAAAUUAACCUUCUGCGAUCAAAAGCAACCGCAACUGAUAAUAAUGAAUUGCAGUUAAAUGAGGAAGAAUCACAAAUUCCACUGAUAUUGGUUCAUCAUCAUGAUUUACUUUCACCGACCGCAAAACCUGGAUCAAUGAGGAACGAUUUAGGCAGUGGAUGGGAUAUUAUUUUGCCCAAUGAUUGGGCGCAAAUAUUUUGGAUUUCAUUCAUUUACAGUGGUGCUAGACCUAUUGGUCAAAAAGAACUCUCGCUAGUUGCACAUGAAACAGGAGAAUUUCAAUUUCCCCAAGAAUAUCCGGAUACAGACGCCGGUAUUAGUUGGACAUCGAAACUUGAAUCGGAACAGUUAGCUCACUUUUCUAAAUGUCCACCUUCAAAACGACCGAAUUUCUUUCUCAAUGGUGUUGUUAGUCCAUUUCGUCCGCUCUGGUCAAAUAUCGUACGUGAUUGGGCAAAGGAACACGAUUCAACAAGCACUUCAGCGCCUUUGGAUCGAUUCUACGUUUUACGUGAUCGUCAGCAACACUCAGUUGAUUUUCUCCGACAACAUCUCCAUUCAUUAAUACCCAUUCGCAUUAGUACGAAAGGCAAUAAAGGUGUCAUUGACGAUACAACAUUGAUUUAUUUACCAACUAAAGACGAUUUGAAGAAGAGUCAGAUACCAGUGGUCGAACCUCAGCAUCGUGAUCAAGCUCGAAUCGAAGAACGAAAAAUGAAGAAGGCCAAGCGACCAUUUCGGCGAGGAGAAACAAUGGUGAAACUGAUCGAAGAACGAGCGAAAAAUGUCGAAAAAGACAUCAUCCACGAAUGCGAUCGAAAGUUACUAGGUGCGAUAACAAGUGGAGCAUUCCAAUUAUCUCACGCCUACUGCACAGGAAAGGGUUUUAUCGCAACUGCUGGAUUGUUGGCUCUUUUACAGAUACAGGAAGCGAAAAAACAGUCUGUCCGUGUGCUGAUCCGAACAACUACAUCGCAAUACUAUCGAUGGGCAUUGUUAGAAUUUUAG